AUGGUUAGUGGCAUCGCAGCGGGUCGGCAGCCUGCUCGGGGAGGCACCCAGCGGAUGUUCGGGGUGUCACAGGGGCCCACGGUCUCGCAGCCGGGUGGGCAGAUGCAGGAGAGCAGGAGCUCUGGGGACUGCGGUGUGCGUCUGGGGACACCGCACCGCUUCCCACACGUCCCGCUUUCUGGAGUGAAAAACCUCACUUUUCGUGGUUGCAACAUAUCAAAUGCAUCAGCUGCUUCAGACUUAACAAAAUCUGCAGAAGUUACUAUAACAGAUGACUCUGAAGAUGAUUAUCAGUAUGAAGAGGUUUCAGCAGAUGAUGAAUUUAGUAUUCAGGAAGGUGAUGAGGAUCUGUCAAAGGCUCUGCAGACCAUUCAAGAGCAGGCUGAAGAUGCCCAAAUUUUAGCAUCGAGGUCAGCUCUUUCAUCUGAGAAAUCGGUGUCUGAAUUACCUGAAACGGAAGAUGACUUCUUUUGCAAUUUCCUGGUCAGAAUGGGAAUGUCCAGAACCCUUGACUGCUUCCAGACUGAAUGGUAUGAGCUGGCAGAGAGAGGUGUACUCACAGCCAAAGAUUUUGGAUUGGUUCCAACUGUAUUUACCCGCAAGCAGCAACUGGAAGCUGAGAAUAUGCGUUUGAAGAAAGAUUUGGAAAACUAUAAGCUGACUGCUAACAAAGCAAAAGAUGCUCUCCUAAGAAUGCAGAAAGAACGUGACUUUCAUCAAAUGCACCAUAGGCGAGUGGUCCAAGAGAAAAACAAGCUUAUUUGUGACAUUAAAAGGCUGAAGACACAUUAUGCAUCAUAUGAACCAGUGCUGAAGCAGCUGACUGAAAAAUACCAGGCUACACUGAGACAGAAAAUGUUAAUUAGUUUGGAGAGAGACAUAGCAGUUGGGCAGGCUACAUUACAAAAUUUAGAGAAUGGACAUGCCAUUCAGAUUCCUAUGACAAAAGCAGGCCAGGAAUGUGAAAGGAAAAAAGGACUAGAAGGUCCCACUCAAAAAGCUCUUCAGGAAGCCAGGCAACAAAAAAUCUUUGAUGCUGUAAGCUCUUCAUAUGAUCCAGUCAAAGAUCCAUUGAAGAAGACAGGCAAGAGAUAUCCAAAGAGAAUUAAUCACUUAUUUCUCCUUGUUCAACCGCUGAAAUCUGGAGUAUAUAGAUUGAGCAACACUUUUAAAGCGCAUGACUUAGCAGUGAACUGCUUGGCUUUACAUCCCCGAAAAAGCAUCGUGGCAACUGGCAGUGAUGACCGCCUCUGGAAGAUUUGGGGCUUCCCUAAUGGGAACAUCAUCAUGACAGGCGAAGGUCACACUGAUUGGCUUUCUGGCUGCUGCUUCCAUCCGAGCGGUACCCAGUUGGUCACUUCAAGUGCGGACAAAACAGUUCGGAUAUGGGAUCUUUCGAAAAACAAAUGCAUCCUGACUUUAGAAGGACAUGCCCAUGCCGUGUGGGACUGCUCAUGGCACUCAUGUGGCAAUUUUGUGGCUUCUGCCUCCAUGGACAACACAAGUAAAAUAUGGGAUGUUAAUAGUGAGAGAUGCCGACGCACUCUGCAUGGCCAUAAGGAUUCAGUCAAUAGCAUUGAGUUUCUUCCGUUCUCCAACACUGUUCUCACUAGCUCUGCUGACAAGACUUUAUCCCUCUGGGAUGCCAGAAUGGGACUCUGUGCUCACACUUUGCAUGGUCACCUGCAUUCCUGUAAUCAUGCUGCAUUCAACAUGAAGGGCGACACCAUUGCCUCCUGUGACUCCUCUGGGGUGGUGAAACUGUGGGACAUUCGGAAGUUGGUUCCCAUGGCAUCCAUAGAUGCAGGCCCACGUGCUGCCAACGAGGUCGUCUUUGAUCCCUCUGGUCGCGUUGUGGCUCUCGCAAGCAACGACGGAACUGUGAAGGUUGUGCAACUCAAAUCAGGGCAGCUCGCCAGCCUGGCGGGCCACGGCGAUGAAGUGCACAGCGUUAUCUUUGUUCACGAGGAGGAGCACCUGCUUUCGGGGGGUGCCGAUGGCACCGUUCGUCUCUGGACCUGAGAGCCAGCCUGCCGUUCAGUGGAACCCGACUCUCACGGCUGUGCAGAAAAUGAUUUGGCGGCAUCACAGCGACGGCUUCGUUAAGUGUUUUCGGUUAAUGUUUGCAGCGGGCAUAAUUGCCUGCAAGGACUAUAAUUCUGCCUUUUAUCCGAGUAAAAUCCCCACUUUCUCCCUGUCGGUGUUGACUGCGUGUUUUUCUGACCGUCAGGAAUCGCUUGUUUCUGGAGAAGCAGCUUUACAAUGACGCCUAAUGCCAGACCAGCCGAACUGCAAGGCGACUGAUUUUGCGUGAAACCCAGCGAGAGGCACCAGGGCUCCGCUCCCCCUUUCCGAUCGCAGCCCGGGGAGGGCCGG